AUGCAACAGGAGAUAGAUGACUUGAAAAAGAAACUGCGUUAUGCACAGCGGAGGCGAUCUCCCUCCGGCUCUGACAUAUCCUUUAACGAUGAAGAAGACGGCAUUUACAGGCAGAGAUCAAGAACUCCUCCAAGCGAGACCUUCUUUUACAAAGACGAGCACCAUCAUAGACGAAAGCGAAAGGACCCAUCUAGUAAGGGUCUGGGUAACGAUGCCAUGAGUAAGGCUCUAGAUCAGAUUUCUAAGUCACCCUUCACGUGCAGUAUAGAAGGGGCUAGGCUACCUCGGCGGUUCUAUCAGCCUACGUUCACCGUUUAUAAUGGUCGAACGGACCCUGUAGAGCAUUGGCCUCCCAACCGAGCAUGGCUGAGGAAAUCCUUGACUGGCAAGCCUGUCACCAGUGUACGUCAACUUAUGGACUGGAUUGACAAAUACAAAAGGGUGGAAGAGGACCAGCUGCAAGGAAAAGAAAAGGAGAAGAUUAUCCCACAGAGAAGGAGUGAUUUUAGGUCGGAUCGAUACAACAAUAACCGUCUAAGGAGAGAUUUCACAGGGCAAUCCGAGCCGACCAAUACACAGAUGGUUAAUGCUGUAUUCAGAGAACCAGUACAGCAAGUUUUGGAAAAAAUCAAGAAUGAGUCAUUCUUCAAGUGGCUGAACAAGAUGGCUGGAGACUCCAUGAAGCGCAAUAGGAGUCUGUAUUGUCAAUACCACCAAAUCCAUAGACAUAACACAGAAGAUUGCAGGAACUUUUGGAACCACCUUGAUCACCUAGUCCGAGAAGGGAAAUUAAGGCACCUCCUGCAUCCUUCCAGUGGUUAUCAAGGCCAGCUACCCGCCUAUGACUUUACCCCAGAGCCCAAAAGGCCCAAAGUGUAUCGUCAUCCAAUCUUGGGUUUUUCCGAGGAAGACAAAUUUGGAACCAUCCAACCUCACGACAACGCGUUGGUAAUCACUCUUCAGAUUGGGGGCUACAACGUAAAAAGAGUAAUUGUAGAUGGUGGCAAUGGGGCCGAGAUCAUGUACCCCAAUCUCUAUAAGAGACUGAAGCUGAGACCAAAAGACUUAACAUCCUACGGUUCCCCCUUGUUGACUUUUAAUGGAAAGAUAGUCAUGCCAAAUGGCCAGAUUAGACUACCUGUGCAAAUCGGCCCGGAGAUAGUGGAGGCUAACUUCAUUGUAGUGGAUACCUACUCCCCUUACACUGCCAUUGUAGCCAGACCUUGGCUUCAUACCCUAGGAGCCGUUGCCUCCACCUUGCAUCAGAAGGUGAAGUUCCCUUCCGAGGGUCGGGUCUUGGAGAUUCAAGGUUGCCAGGCUAUGGCGAGAGAAUGCCUGGUGGCUGCCAUCUCACAUCAGCCCGAAGCAGAGUCCUCGGCCCGCGUUGAAGAAAGUUCAUAG